CAGGAAGGGCUAGUUUCAUAACUCUCACACAACAGGAAGAGACUGCAGCAAACUCACAGAGGAACUCAGAGACAGCUAGAGGACCAGUCAUGGACAGGAGGCCGGAGACAGGAGGGCCUUCGGCCCAAGUGGCCCCGGAUCGCGUGAGGGACCUGCAGAGUGAGGUGGAGGGUGUGAAGAAUAUUAUGUCUCAAAAUGUGGAGCGAAUCCUAGCUCGAGGGGAGAACCUGGACCACUUGAGAAAUGUGACAGAGGACCUGGAGGCCAGUUCUGAACACUUCAAGACGACAUCGCAGAAAGUUGCCAGGAAAUACUGGUGGAAAAACGCAAAGAUGAUCGCUAUAAUUUGCGUCGUUGUUGGGGUCAUACUCCUGCUCAUCAUCCUCUUGGCCACCGGGGUCAUCCCCACAUAGAUAUCUUCUAUAUCCACGCUCUUCUUCAUCCCUUCCCUGAAGACUCGUGCUGAUCCCGAAUGAACCCCUGGCGAGGAAUCCUGAUAUUGUGACCGACUGUGUGCGCCCUCCACGGGAUAUAAAUUGUCUGUGUAUGAAUGGAUCCUGUUUUUAAUAUCCGCCAUGUCUAUAUGUAUGUCUGGUUUCCAUGUUAUGUAAUUUCAGAAAAUCGCUAAGCCGAUCAAAUACCCUUUGUGCUCUUGCAAUGUGCCAAGCUGCCUGGAUUUUGGGGCGGCCAGCGCUUGCUUACAGUGGAGGUGGUAGUUUAAAGUGACGCAUUAGGGCCACGUAAUGGCUAUGUGACGUGCCCUGCUGGCUCUUGAUCUGUCCAGUAGAGGGAGUAUUUAUUCAUGCAGAGUAUGGGGCAAGUCAUGACUAUGCUUCAAGCAGACCGGGAGACUAGAGUCUACAAUAGGCAGAAGAUAAUUUCAGUUUUUGCCCAGAGUUACCCUAUAAGCUUGGACAUAUGUCAUGACGUUACAAAAUAGCGGCCUCCACUGUGAUCUGUAAACGGUACUAUUAAAUCUUAUCUGCCCUUUAUUUACUUUUUUUACUCUCCUUUGCCCUCUUAUAAUGUAUUGCUUUACUACCUAUUGUAAUAUUACAGUCACCAAACCAUUAAAGGGGUAUUCCGCUAACUUCUUAUCCCCUAUCCACUGGAGAUGACUAAAGGAUUGGUGGAGGUCCGACUGCUGGAACCCCCACUGAUCCUGAGAAUAGAGGUCCUGUACUCCUGUCCUGAUGGAGCAAGGUCGAGCAUGUGCACUUCUGCUCCAUUCAUUCUCUUUGGGACUGCUGGAGAUAUACUUAAUCCAUACAGAAUGAAUGGAGCAGCAUGGGGCAUGCUUGACCAGUCGAUCUAUUCUCUCCAUUCUCGUGAUUCUGGGGGUCCCAGCGAUCAGACUCUCACCAACAGGGUGUAACUUCUUAUAUGGGGAUACCCCUUUAAGCAGGAAUAUGCAAACUACCUGUAGCCACCACUAGAGGGAGCAGGCUGCAUAUUGUGUAUAUAUAUAUUGAUCACAGCAAUAACACAGUAUUCAGUAAGCUCCCUCUGGUGGCGGCUACAGGUAUUUAGUCUAUGCACAGGACUAAGGGCUCCAAUCGCUAUGAAGGAAUUAGUUUGCGCAGAAUUUUAGACCUAAAAACAAUGGGAUAAUAAAAGUUGGACCUCUUUAGUGUAAAUUGAUUGCUUGGCCAUGGUGGAUAAUCAAUCCCAAUUGACAGGGAAGUCACACCACAGUGGGGAUGAGGAAGGCCUGUGCUUGUACAUACAAAAUAAAUGUAUCACUGAUGCGAAAAGAAUGUAAUUUAGCUAAAUGUAUGUUAAAGGGGUUUUCUAGGAGUAUAAUGUAGAGGACUUGUGCUGAGGACAUGUCAUAACUAUAUCUGCUCUCUGGGGGUCUGACCGUUUGAAGAGGCCUCUGGUCGGUCACGUGGCCUAGGCGUAGUUCGGUCCCAUUCAUGUAAAUGAGAUUGAGCUGCAAUACCAAGCACAGCCUCUAUACAAUUGAGCUGCAAUACCAAGCACAGCCUCUAUACAAUGUACGGCGCUGUGCUUGGUAUGCCAUGCAGGGCUCGUCGGUGCCCUCACUAAGUAGAUAUAGAUGACCUAUCCUGAGGACAGAUUAUCAAUAUUAUACACCUGGAAAAUCCCUUUAAAAAAAAAAUGUCUCCUAAACAUCCUUUCUGGCAGCUCGGCCUGAGCAUACUGUAACAUUUUCGUGCUUUUUAUUUUAUUUUUUUGUCUUUUUAAUAGCCGGGUCGAGCAUCCUCUUUAUAUUUCUCCGGUUAUAUCAGCAGGCUGCGCCUAUGCAAGCGGAGAACAUUUAUGUCAUGAUUCUCUCCUUUUUGAUACGUGAUUGUGCUUCACCGGUGUUUUCACUCCAGCUCAACUACACGAUCUCACAUUGACUAAGUGGUGUGACACUGCAGCAGUUGUCGGGAAGGGUGACAACCCUGCUGGUGUGUAUAUAGCUCUCCAGCUGUUGUAGAACUACAAUUCCCACCAUGCCCUGCUGUAGGCAGCCUUUGCAUGCUGGGAGUUGUUGUUCUACAACAGCCGGAAAGCCGCAGGUUGGCCAUCCCUGAAUUAUAGCGAAUGCCUGCCAUGCGCAGUUACAGGAGGACAUCCAGGGCACUAGAUGAAGAGUCUAAGCUGCCACAAAUCUGUGCCGAUAGGUUCUUGAGAGGUAAAUCCACCUACUGUUAAAACAAUUUUGCUUGACAUGUCUGCUUUAGUAAAUAAAUGCUUGUGCUUGACCCUCUGUUAUUCCUCCUGGAAAAUGUCUGAAUGAAGGUGUUGUCAUUCUAUCAGCACUGAUUGGGCCGUUCAAUACUGUAGGGACACAUCCCUCUGAAAAGCUGAACAGUAACACCCAUUUGUCAAUCUAUUCAUUUCAGGGAGGAAUAACAGAGCAACAUGCCAACAAAGAUGUUCCAGCAUUGUUUUUUUUGAGUAAUGCAAGCAUAAACUAAGGGUGCAUUCACACGUCCCUAUCUGUUUUGCGGAUCUGCAAAACACGGACACUGGCAAUGUGCGUUCCGCAUUUAGCAGACUGCACAUCGCCGUCACUCUCAUGGAAAAUACCCUUUUUUUUUUGUCUGCAAUUGCUGCCACGAAUAAGAAAUGUUCUAUUUUUUUUGCGGAACGGAAGUGCGGAUGCGGACAGCAAAUUACGGCCCAAUUGAAAAUGAAUGUAUCCGCACCUGUUCCGCAAAAUUGCGGAACGGAUGCGGACCCAUUUUACAGACGUGUGAAUGGUGCCUUAGACAGACAAGUCAGGAGAACUGACUCCCCUUUAAGAGCAACAGUUGAUUUUUCUGCAGCGUCGAGGAUUUACUGCACAUGAAUUAUAGUAUGGAGAAAAAUAAAAUUAGUUCUCAGCCAAGAGAAACUUACUAUUUCCAGUUCAUGUCUAUAUAUUUAAAUAUUAUUAGAUACAUUUUCCUUUAGGUUCCUUGACGGAGAGGUUUAGUACUCCUGCACUAAGAAUGGAGAAUUAAAAUAUACAAUUUUGCCCCAGAGAUUUCCUUCAUGUCAUUAUCUAAUAAAAGAUAUAUAUGACUAUAAAAAAAAUUCCAAGAAGCGCCAUUUAAUAUGAAAGUGAAAUUUAAAAAUAUAUACUUGCUAUACUCAAUCCAAACACCAGAGGGCGGAUGUGCAAUAUAAAUCUCAGCGAGGAAGCACUGUACAAUACCAUUCCUGCUGUACACCAGAAUAUAUGGGAUGCCAUGGGAUUUUAGCCUCCGCUGUAGUCCUGUAAAUCUGUCUUCAAAUAAAUGAAUAUGAAGCUGUUUGUUCUAUAAUUUAACUGGAAUUAUUUAUAAGACUUGGCAUUAAAGAGUUAAAUUAG